GAAAAAAACAUGCCAUGUUUUUGUAUUAAUUAGGUUUUUCCUACGAUAUAUAUAAAGCAUGGAGGAAGUGGACUUUGACGAUUUUGAUGCAGCAAUUCACGAUGAAUUUUCCCUAUCGCCCGUUUCACCGUACUCCUCAUUUAGUGACAGUCUUUCACCAUUUUCCAAUGACUCGUUGGGUUCAAAUUGUCGGAGAAGCGAUGAUGGAAUACGGCGACGAAAACGACGGCGAUGUCCGUUUCAGCUUGUACAACAAAGAGAAGCUGCUAAUCAAAGAGAAAGAAAACGAAUGCAGUCUAUUAAUGAAGCGUUCGAAGGACUUCGUACACAUAUUCCAACGUUGCCUUACGAGAAAAGGCUAUCAAAAGUGGACACACUUAGACUGGCUAUAGGAUAUAUAUCAUUCCUGUCAGAUUUAGUGCAAGCCGAUUCGGACAAUCAGGACCGGUUAGACCUUAAUUCAGGGUUACAGACACGGAAGGUUGUUAUCCAUUAUCAUACAAGUUCAACCGUGGAUGAAAGUGAAAUGUAUGGAUUACCGCCCUUGACUGGACAUUCUUUAUCGUGGAGGGACGAGAAAACGCCCUCAAGUGGACGGAAGAAAAUAAUGGCAGCAAAAAUAUGGACACCAGAAGACCCCAGGUCUCACAAUAGUCCCCGGAUGGAGACAGAUUUCCCUAUUUUAGCUGAUUCAACCAACCCCUUGUGAUUUUGAAAAUAUAUAUAUAUACAUAUAUUUAUAAAUAAACUAUAAAU